GUCAGCGAUUGUUGCAUCAUUAGCAAGAAAGCUAACACGGCACGUUCAGGGCCAACUAGUAAUAAUGACUAUAUUCGUUGUAAUAGGACUAUAAACCUAAAUCCAAUAUCGGUUCAGAGAAGAUCACCAAUUGGGGAUAAAUCACUAAGGUGGUGAUUUGAAUAUGCACCAGUGCACUGUUUGUCAAAAAUCUUUCCCGUCGCCGUACAAACUUAAGAGACAUCUUUCCAUCCAUACUGGCCAGAAGCCCUUCAUCUGUAAAAUCUGUGGAAAAGCCUUCACGCAGUCUGUGCAUUUAAAAAGGCACUUGCAGAACGUCCACCCUUCACAGGUUCCAACAGGUAAUCUACAGGAAGGCAUUUUAACAAAUAACCAAAAACUGAACAUUGAGAAACCAGCUUCAGGGGUCAGUACACAUGGCAGUGGUAAUUCCGCUAUCAUGCCAUCAGCUGUGUCUUCUUCUGUGGCCUCCCAGACGGAAUGGAAAAGGGGAACUGUAACUCACAGCAUUUUUCCUCCUUUGUCUGAGACUGGAAAUCCACCAAAAAUGGAUCCAUUACAUCAGGAUCAAGGUGAUUCUUCAAAUGCGGACACAUCUGUGUACAAUGCCCACAAUGGAUACACCAGCAAAAUCUGCUUGAAGUCAUUAAGUUCAUCUCUUCAGCUUUGGAUUCACUCACCAACUCAUAACAAUCCAAAACAAUUUGAUAAGAGGAGUCAGACUUCCUCCAAGAAGGUCCAUUCGAAGGUGCGCUUGCAGUCACAAGAACUGAACUCCAGUAGAAGCAAAAUGGCUUUGAAACACCAGUGUUCUAAAUGUCUUAAAACCUUUUGUUCACCGUCCAAAUUACAACGACAUUUUCUUAUUCACACGGGCCAGAAACCCUACUCUUGUACAGUCUGUUGCAAAACUUUUAGACAAAAGGUACACUUGAAAAUUCAUUUAAGCAGAGCAAAUAAAUGUUCGCUUUCUGCAGUCAAUGCAAGAAAGAGACAGAGGCUUUAUAAUGACAGUCAAAGCUCAGUUCUGCAGCUUCAGUCAUCACAUCAGCGACCCACCAGUCAUCACACUCCUGUGAAUUCAUCAGAGGAACUUGAGCUACAGUGUAAAAUAAGCGUAAAUACUGUGCAGGGCCUGAACAAGACUGGAAUCAAGUUGGAUACAGUUGUAAAACCAGAACAACCAUUGAAUACAAACAGUCAGUGUCAGGGUAUUUGUGAUAAGUCAGGUGAACAAGGGCUGCAGUACUUGACACAAAAAGAUAGGAAACGAUUCCAGUGUAUAAUCUGCAACAGGUCAUUUCGGUUGGAAAUUAAUUUAAUGCGUCAUCAUAAAAUUCAUAGGAACCAAAAACAGUUGGGAAGUCCCACUCCUGUGCAAAACAGUAAGAAUGUGAAAAUGUCCAAUUCUGAAGCAAUAGAACUUGAACCUAGUCAUGCAGACUCCACUGACUUGAACAUCGUUGUUAAACCAGAAACAUGGAGUGAAAACUGCACUGACUCUUUUCCUCAGGAGGCUGCGUUAAUUGCAUUAGCAGAACAACCGAGUGAAACCUUCCAUGCCACCAAUAAGCAGCAGAAAAUUAACUCUUUACAUCAGUGCCAUACAUGUUCAAAAUGUUUUCCAUCUAGAUCAAAACUUCAGAGGCACAUAUUGACUCAUACUGGACAAAAGCCUUUUGGCUGUGAGAUGUGUGGAAAGAGAUUUCGGCAGAAAACACACUUGAGGGUCCAUUGUCACACUCACCUGUGGUCCAGAUAUCAGAAACAGCGAUCAAUGUAUAUCAAUCGGCCGCCUUCACGCACAAGUGGGUUUAACAUUAGGACUGCAGCAGACUCCCCUGUACAGGAAAUGCUAGUACAUAAGAAGGAUGUUGAGAUACAUACUGGCAGUGAUGUAAUCUCUGCUAAACACCUGGAUCAGACCCCUUCCAUAGUAAUUGUUCAUAAUAAUGACAAGAGAGUAUCAAAGGUUUGUAAAGUGGAUGUGAGAAGGACAGAGGCUGCUAAAUCAAUGCAAAAUUCUGGCAAGGUACAACACAAGUGCUUCCACUGUUUAAAGUGUUUUCCGAGUGCCUCUAAAUUACAAAGGCAUGAGAUGGUACACACAGGCUUGAAACCAUUUCAGUGUCCUACAUGUGGGAAAGCUUUUAGGCAAGCCUCACAUCUGAAAACCCAUGAAAGGAUACACUGUAAGAGGAAACCAUCCAAAUCAGUCAAUCAACAGGUGAACAUCAGAAGACUGAAAACAAAUAGUCAGCAGCAGCUUUCUGUGAACACAGAUGCUACACAUUCAGGUUUCAAUGAUGUAAGUAAAAGAAAAAGUGUGCUGCUCUGUACCAGGCGUGAAAUACCUAUCACAAAAGUGAACAGUCGCUUCAAGACAAACACUGAAAGUAAUAGUUGUAAAAAAAUGAAACUUCACACAUGCCAAAUAUGCUGUAAGAACUUUGUUACUCCAUACAAGCUCUCAAGGCAUUUGGUCACUCACUCUGGGAUAAGGCCAUAUAGAUGCACUUUGUGCAGCAAAGCCUUCACACAGCAUGGUCAUCUAAAAACUCAUGAGCACAGAUGCAAAUGGGGUAACAGGAUCUCAGAAAAUAGUCAAAGACAAAUGAUAAAUACCAAUCAUCUCCAGGAUAAAUGCAUUGAAAACCUUACCGAUUGUACAGACUUCAAUGUGGAUGCAAUAAAAGAGCAGAUAGAGUCCUAUUGUACGAGUGCUGGUCAUAACUCAAAUUUAUCUUAUUGCACAGAGGCAAUGGACACUGAAUGGCUGGCUGAACCAGAAGUAGGCUUACAAGAGGAGAAUAAUGAACCAGAGAAAAACCAGGGAGAAUAUUGUCAUCAAGCUACAGCCAGUUAUGAUCAGGCUACAGACCAUUAUAGUUAUUCAUUUCCCUCUGAGCUUGCUUUUGAAAUAAAUAAACUUGUCCAAAAUCAAAAUAUGGCAGCUCCAGAUUUGUCAAAUCAGUAUGAGGGAAAUACAUGUAAUAUAAAAAUACCAUAUCAGCAUAAAGGAGUAACAGCUCUUUCAGAGAACAACAAGCUUCUCAGUAAUGCACCUGUGAAUUCUAUGGAUGAGAAUCAAAUCCAGGCAAAUUUCCCAGAUGAUUACUGGUGUGAACCAAUAACUGUGUUUGAAUGUGACAAUUGCACUGCAAGUUUUAAGAGCGAAAACGAUCUUGGGCAACAUUUUUGUUCCGCUAAUGUUCAAGCUAAGAUGUCAGAGUCAGCCCACAAGAAUCGUUGUGACAUUUGCUUCAAAACUUUUGUCUCUCCCUCUAAACUUCAGAGGCAUUAUGUUGUCCACACAGGUCAGAGGCCAUUUAGGUGUGACAUUUGUGGCAAAAGUUUCACGCAGUCAGUACAUGUGAGAAAACACAGACUGACUCACUGAUAACCAAAUGUCGCUGUGUGAUGCUUGUUUUUUUUGUGUAUAAUAGUGUUUAUGAUGAUCACUUUUUUGUCAUGCAUAUGAUGUUUGUUUAAAUGUAAGUAUUGUGUGAAAUAGGUACUUGAUAAUGUUCACUUAAGAAUAAUGCAUUAUAUUUUUGCUGUUUCAAAAAUUACAUUUUUUUGUUUCUUACUGAUUUGUUUAAGAAUUUUCGAAACUUGAAAACAGUUCUCAAAAAUAAAUACUUUAAAAGAACAGUCUUGUGCUACAUCACUGAAAACUAGAUAUUUUGUUAUAUGUUACAUUAUUUUACUAUUAUAAACUAUUUUUUUUCUACUGCAGCACCUUUGUAUUCUAUUCUAGUAUUAUUCUAUUUCUAUUUUUAUUUUUUAUUUCUGCUUUUAUUUUUACUAUUUGUACAUACUUUUUUAUUUAUUUAGAUUUGGAGUAACACCACUUCCAGGCUGCUAUAAUUUUGUUGUAUUCUGGUACAAUGACAAUAAAGGCUUCUGAUUCU